CACCUAUCACCAAAGUCCACUGUAUCCAGACCUCUGGAUCAACGUCGCAUUAUCCGCAACUACCACACGACCACAACAAUGGCCGCCACAGACACAUUCAGCCGCCCCAGACUACCAACACCAGGCCUCUCCUCCUCACCCACCUCCCCUGUAAUCGACUACUCCCCACACACGGUCCCCUACAACGAGGACUUCGAAAACGACGUGAUGAACACCGUCCUCCACGGCCCCUCGAAUCCCUCACCGCGGCGUCGAACCGAAGAAACACCAAUGAUCUCCGCCUCCGACCUCCCCAUCCCACUAGCCUCACAUCUGCGCACGCACCCCUCCCCAAUCCCGGGAUUAUUCCUGACGCACGUGAACGGGUACCAUACUGGUGGGAUCGGGCCGAGCGCGCACAUCGUGGGUGAGUUUGCAGAGCGGUUUGUGAGGGAGAGGGGGCUUGGGAGUGGGGAUGUGGAGGGGCUGGAGAGCGCGGUGAGAGAGGAGGUCGGAGGGAGGAUGGAGGAGGUGAGGUGUAGGAUGAGGAGGAGGAAGGAGGCAGUUAAGGAGAAUGAGAGGGUUAAAAGGGAGUUGGAGGAUUUAGCGUUGCAGAGGCAGGCGGAGUUGAGAGUGUUGGAGAGGAUGAAGGGGAAGCGUUGAAGAGAGGUGGUUCGCAGUGGAGACACGUUUUUAAAGAGGAAGACUGUGGAUUAUGGGCCGCGGAGAAUCUGACGGUCUGCACAAGUCUGAAGCUCGGAAGGCAGGAUAGAGGCAUGGAGGGCACACGCAGACACACGACGCUCGAGAGGACAUGUUCAAGAGCUGAACUAGAUCCCAGACGGCGACACAUCUAGAUCUUUCAAGCACGAGGAAGAUACGGCUGGCAUACGUUGCGUUCAAAGAAUGAUCGAUUGCCCGACACUCAAUAGCGAUCAAAGGAUUUCAAUCAGAUGAUCUCACUAUCACGAAAAGGCGCAAUAUGCUUUCGCUUUGUAUCUCACAGAGAAAGAGACACGAUCUGUUCAUGUUGGUCAAUUUGACCGUUCAACAACAUCAAGCCGAGGGAUGAGCUGCAGCUCGAAAGCUAUGG